AUGUCAAAGACAACAACUCAAGUCACGCAGAUAUGUGCCUUGUGUGUUGGUAAUAAUGAGGAUAGUGAACAUCUUUUAUUUAACUGUCCAAGUAGCCAGAAUGUGUGGAAUAUGGUUGGUUUUUCUCAAGUUGUCUCAAAUGCUUUAGCUAAUAAUAAUGAUGCUCCGGUCAUUAUCUUUCAAAUUCUGCAGCAGCUGUCGAAAGAUGAUUCAGCAGUAUUUGCUUGUGUUUUGUGGCGUAUUUUGAAGCAACGUAAUAAUCAGAUUUGGAAUAAUGUAAUUGAUGCUCAACAUUUUGUUUUUUCCCGUGCUAUUAAUAUGUUGCAGGAUUGGAAAGCAGUCUGUAUUGUCACUUCCAAGCCAGGCCCGACUGUUCAGGACUCUGCGGUAAGAUCUUGGCGUAGACCGACGAUCGGCCGAGUGAAAUGCAACAUAGAUGCUUCCUUCCCGCCGAGCUCUGACAGAGUUGGCAUUGGGAUUUGUAUCAGAGACGAACAUGGUGCUUUUGUUUUAGCUAAAACGGAAUGGUUCACACCAAAAUGCGAGGUACACAUUGGUGAAGCACUCGGUCUUCUGUCAGCGCUAAAGUGGGUACAUGAGCUCCAGCUAGGUCCUGUUGAUUUUGAGUUGGAUUCAAAGAGAGUGGUUGAUAGCUUCCAUUCUUCAGUUAAAGAUUACUCUGAAUUUGGUGUUAUUAUGGAUCAUUGUAAUCUUGUUUAUAAUAAUUAUUAUAGAAACUCUAGUGUUGAGUUUGUGCGGAGACAAGCAAAUGAGGUUGCCCAUUGUCUAGUUAAGGCGGCCACAUUAUCAGCUAGUUUCCAGAUCUUGCCAAUCAAUAUUGUUUCGUACAAGUACUACAUUUGA